AUUGCAGACAAGUGAGUCACUAAAAUAUCCCCCACCCUCGCUCACUCUAUCCAAAUAAGUUUUCCUCCAUUGUCUUGUCUCUCGAAAUUUGUAAGACAGAAUGCAAUCAUUGAUCUCUACAUCACCAAUUUCUUCAUCAAGUCUGCAACCACUCGAGUCCUAUGCUUCGUUAACGGCGUCUUUCAACCUCCGUUUCUGCAGUCUCCGGCGAGAAGUUGUACCAUUAUCGCACCAUAAACACAGAGUUAUCGGUGCUGCAUCAAAGAGGACUAGGAAAUGUGUAUCGGCAGCUUCUCCGGACAGCAAUGGAAGUCCUCCGACCAAGUUUGAUUAUGAUCUGGUGAUAAUUGGAGCUGGUGUUGGUGGUCAUGGUGCUGCAUUGCAUGCUGUUGAAAAGGGUCUAAAAACAGCUAUCAUCGAAGGUGAUGUUAUAGGCGGAACAUGUGUAAACAGAGGUUGUGUUCCUUCGAAAGCUCUUCUCGCUGUUAGUGGCCGCAUGAGAGAACUCCAAGAUGAACAUCACAUGAAAGCUUUAGGAAUACAGGUUUCAGGUGCUGGCUAUAACAGACAGGCAGUAGCUGAUCAUGCAAGUAAUCUUGCUUCAAAAAUACGUAACAAUUUAACGAACUCAAUGAAGGCACUCGGUGUGGACAUAUUGACAGGUUUUGGUUCAAUAAUGGGUCCUCAAAAGGUGAAAUACGGACUGGAUAACUUCAUAACGGCAAAGGAUAUUAUAAUCGCUACUGGAUCAGUCCCUUUCGUCCCUAAAGGCAUUGAAGUUGAUGGGAAGACCGUUGUUACCAGCGAUCACGCUUUAAAAUUGGAGUUUGUUCCUGAAUGGAUAGCCAUUGUAGGAAGUGGGUAUAUCGGCCUUGAAUUCAGUGAUGUGUACACAGCACUUGGUAGUGAGGUGACAUUUAUUGAAGCUCUUGAUCAACUUAUGCCCGGAUUUGAUCCCGAGAUUGGCAAGUUAGCUCAAAGGGUUCUUAUAAAUCCUAGAAAAAUUGACUAUCAUACUGGAGUAUUUGCUACCAAGAUCACCCCAGCAAAGGAUGGAAAACCAGUCAUUAUUGAACUUACUGAUGCUAAGACAAAAGAACCGAAAGAGACACUAGAGGUGGACGCAGCACUAAUUGCCACUGGAAGAGCUCCAUUUACAAAAGGUCUCGGUUUGGAAAAUAUAAAUGUUGAGACUCAACGUGGUUUUGUUCCUGUUGAUGAGCGUAUGCGAGUAAUCGAUGCAAAGGGAAAUACGGUUCCUCACUUAUAUUGCAUUGGUGAUGCAAAUGGCAAGUUGAUGCUGGCUCAUGCUGCAAGUGCACAGGGAAUAUCAGUUGUUGAACAACUCAGUGGAAAAGAUCAUGUUCUCAACCAUAUGAGUGUCCCAGCAGCGUGCUUCACCCAUCCUGAAAUCAGUAUGGUGGGAUUGACUGAGCCUCAAGCAAAGGAGAAAGCCAAGAAAGAAAAGUUCAAGAUAAGUGUUGCAAAGACGAGUUUCAAGGCGAACACAAAAGCAUUGGCCGAGAAUGAAGGGGAGGGUCUUGCCAAGUUGAUAUAUAGGCCUGAUACCGGUGAGAUUCUUGGAGUACAUAUAUUGGGGAUGCAUGCUGCUGAUCUUAUCCAUGAAGCAUCAAAUGCCAUUGCAUUAGGAACUCGUGUUCAGGACAUUAAGUUUGCAGUUCAUGCACAUCCCACCCUAUCAGAAGUCCUUGACGAGCUUUUUAAAGCAGCACAUGUCAAUGUAGAUGAACCCAAGCCGGUAGCAGUGUAAGUGAGGUGGUUUGAUCAGUUAUAUGUAUUCGGAUUAUGUUUGAUGAUGGUUUGUACAUCUUAUUGCUUGUUAGCAAAAGUUUACAGUUAUAAGACGAUGUGUUUUCCGCACAUAAAGGGUGGCAAGUAAAUAUCGCCAACCAGUUAUGUGCGGAUGAUUUAACCCGUAUUUUUAAACGUU